AUGAUCGUAAGGUUUGAUAUCAGUUCCCGAUUUUGUUUCACCAAGAACAGCUAUUCGAGUGGAAAACGCAAAGAUGAGCCAAAUCAAGCUUUGAUUGCUGAACACGCUACCGCUUAUUUUGCCUUUGAAGAGUCGGAUGGUUGUGAGAGAUUGUGCUGUGGAGCGGCUCGUGGUUACACUUUGCACAUUGUCGAUAACUUUCAAAAGGAAGUUGCCAAGAUCACACGUCCUUUUCUCUGCUGUGGGAAUCUUUGUUGUCAGAAUGAGACCACUAUCGAAGCUCCACCAGGAAAUGUGAUUGGUGUCGUUCGACAGCAAUUCGGCUGUGCUAGCCACAAUUUCGCCAUUUACACUCCCGAUGGCGAGGCUCAAUUGGAAAUUCAUGGCCCAAACGAGUGUGGCUUCGGUUUUGCGUGUAAUUGCUGCGCUGAUAAAGUCUUCAAGGUGAAAACCCUAGAAGGUGAUACGAUCGGUGACAUUCGAAAGAAAUGGACUGGGAUGACGAGGGAGUAUUUCACCGAUGCCGAUACGUUCACCGUAAAGUUUCCCAUCGAUCUCAACGUGAACACCAAGGCGACCCUGAUUGCGGCGACUUUCUUGAUUGAUUUCCUCUGUUUCGAGGACAACAACGCGAGUCGG